GAACUACAGAAACCAUCGGGCUUUGCGGCAGUCCACCAAUAGUUUUGCGGGUUGUGAGGGCGCAGGGCGAGAUCCUCACUUCCUGGUUAAAGAUGGCGGAUGAGAAUGAGACAGCACCGCAGCUGGAGAAAGAAACUGAGGUAGAAGUGGAUCACGGACACUGCAGCAACUGUGAAAAUGAAGAGCAUCACUCUGAUGACGGGGAGAAGGGGGAGACAGGUGCCAAGAAGAAGAAAAAGAAACAGAAGAAAAAGAACAAAGACAAGUCUGGAGGAAAAGAUGCAACACAGGAUCCGCUAGCCAAAGUAAACUCCCUCCCUGCGGAUAAGUUACAGGAGAUCCAGAAGGCCAUUGAGCUGUUUUCAGUGGGACAGGGUCCAGCUAAAACCAUGGAGGAGGCCACACGGCGCAGUUAUCAGUUUUGGGACACUCAGCCUGUUCCUAAACUUGGAGAGACUGUGAUAUCACAUGGCUGCAUUGAGGAGGAUAAAGAUAACAUACGAGAGGAGCCCUACAGCCUCCCGCAGGGCUUCAGCUGGGACACUCUCGAUCUGGGAAACACUGCAGUGCUGAAAGAGUUGUACACUCUCCUGAACGAGAACUAUGUGGAGGAUGAUGACAACAUGUUUCGUUUUGAUUACUCUCCUGAAUUUCUGCUCUGGGCUCUGCGUCCUCCAGGCUGGUUGCCUCAGUGGCAUUGUGGAGUGAGAGUGAACUCUAAUCAUAAGCUAGUUGGUUUCAUCAGUGCCAUUCCAGCCAACAUCCACAUCUAUGAAAUAGAGAAGAUGAUGGUGGAGAUUAACUUCCUGUGUGUGCAUAAGAAACUUCGCUCGAAACGAGUGGCUCCGGUACUCAUCAGGGAGAUCACGAGACGGGUCAACCUGGAGGGCAUCUUUCAGGCUGUGUACACCGCAGGUGUGGUGCUACCCAAACCAGUGGGCACCUGCAGGUAA